GGGAGCUACGAGCGGAGCGACUUUCCCGCCCAUUCUGCGGGAAUGUUUGCGCGGCACUGCACUAUGAUUGGCUGGCUUCUCUGUCAUUGAUAGAUAGGGAGCGGGCCCCCGUGGUGGGCGGUGAGUGUCUGAGUGACGCAGCCGGGCGGGGUCACGUGUUGUUUUCGCCGUGCCGCUCUCCCUCCCCCGCUCUAGUCUGUCUGUGGUGAAUGUUGUACGGCGAGGUGAGGUUCCGCCGCUACUGCCCCGUCCGGACCGGGGAUACGGAGAGAGUUGCUUCUCCUGCUGGCGCCAUGUCCGCUGUGUAGCCUCGGCAGCCCGCUGUAUAACGCUGUAGCCGGGUGCCGCACCGGUUAAUUCAUUUGCUGGAGAGUCCACAGCCCCGCCGCCGCUGCUUCCUUCCAUGGCGGGUGUCCUCAACUGCGAGGAGGACAGAGGCAGCCGGGCGCCCGUGAAACUCUUGCCGCCGUCUCCUCCACAGCAGGACGAGCCCCCUUACCGGCGUGUGCCCGGCCCGCCAGCUCUGUCUCAGGUGCGGGAGGAGAGCGCACCGCAGCCCACACACACGCCGGGGGAUGAAGACGUGCGGAAGCGCGGGUACCUGCGGAAGCAGAAGCAUGGCCACAAGCGCUACUUCGUGCUGCGGAGCCCCAGUCACCUGGGUCCGGCCCGCCUGGAGUACUACGACAACGAGAAGAAAUUCCGGAGCGGGCAGCGUCUGGGGGGCAGCGGGACAGCCUGCCCACCCAAGAGGGUCAUCUUCCUGUCCCAGUGCUUCACGGUGAGCCGCAGGGCCGAUGCCAAGAACAAGCACCUGCUGGCCCUGUACACCAAGGACGAGUACUUUGCCAUGGUGGCUGAGAGUGAGCAGGAGCAGGACGCCUGGUACCAGGCUCUGAGCGAGCUCAUCACUGAGAACAAGAAGUCAUGUCUGGACACUGAGGAGCUGGAGGAGAACUAUGGGGGGCUCCGCAGUGGACCCAUCUUCAAGGAGGUCUGGCAGGUAAAUGUCAAGCCUCGGGGGCUGGGCCAGACCAAGAACCUGUCCGGUGUCUACCGCCUCUGCCUGUCCAACAAGGCGGUGCACCUGGUCAAGCUCAACUCAGACGUGGCCUGCGUCCAUCUACUGCUCAUGAACAUCCGUCGCUGCGGCCACUCAGAGAACUACUUCUUUAUUGAGGUGGGACGCUCAUCCUCCACCGGGGCAGGUGAGCUGUGGAUGCAAGUGGAUGACUGUGUGGUGGCCCAGAACAUGCAUGAGACAUUCCUGGAGACCAUGAAAGCCCUUAAGGCAUACUCAGAAUUCAGACCCCGGAGCAAGAGCCAGUCAUCCGGCACAAACCCAAUCUCCUUCAUCACUACCAGAAGGUAUUUGGGUAACCUGCCACCCAGCCAGACGGGCUUGCAGCGGAGAUCUCGGACUGAAAGUGUGGCCGGCACUCCUCCGACUACCAAGAACAAUGCAUACAGGUUCAGAACCUCCAGCGAGGGGGAAGGUACAAUGACCAGGCCAUUCAGGUCUGUCACUGGCAGCUUAAUCCAUCUAAACACUGCAAGGCUCAACCUGGGCAAGCAAGAAGGUACCGGGAGGUACGUCAGAGCCCCUUUUAAUUCUGGGUACCACUCAAGAUCAGCAUCUCUGCCUGUCUCCCAUUUCCCAUCAGCGACCAGUCCCAUUAGUGUGUGCUCUAGUAGUGGCCAUGGUUCUGCAUCUGAGAUGCUGACCAGGCCUUCCAGUUCUGUGUGUGGCUCUCCCAGCGAUGGUGGCUUUAUCUCAUCUGAUGAAUAUGGCUCCAGCCCAGGUGACCUCAGGUACUUUCGGGUUAGGAGUAAUACACCAGACUCCCUGGGUAACACCCCACCUAUUCAAGAAGAAAAUACCUUGAGUGACUACAUGUCCAUGAACACCAGAAGCCAAGCUAAUGGCAGGGAUGACCACAUGGAGGCUGACAAAUGUUUCAGAAAAAGAACCUACUCCUUUACUAAACCAACCAAUUCUGCUCUGCAACAUCCCAAGUCCCAUGCUGCUGCCUCCUUAGAUGAAGACUCUGAGGAGGUGAACAAGCAGUUUGCCUACUCUGAAUCACCAAAGCUGAAAGACAGCAGUCACCCUGAGGAUUACAGUAAUGGUGUUAUGGACUCAGUGUGUAACCAAAGUGGGAGUAAAGCCAAGGACGAUGGCUAUAUGCCAAUGAUGCCUUCUAUUUCUUAUGACAGUGACUAUUUGCCAAUGGCCCCUAAAAGUGUUUCUGCACCAAAACAGAUCCUUUCUACGUGUCCUUCUCAGGUGGACUCUAAAGGGUACAUGAUGAUGUUUCCAACUGUUAGUUCAACUGUUAGAAAUUCCUUAUCAGGAAGCAUUUCUAAAGGCCAUGAAGAGAAAUUCACCAAUGGUGAGUACAUGGACAUGUCCUGCAGGAACUCUUCAGCUGUUAAACAAACCAAUGACUCUAAUUUUAAUCAUUCCCGGGCCUGCAGCUCCUAUUUUUCUCUACCAAGAAGCUUUAAAAGCUCAUCCAAGCCCUGCAGUGAUCACAAUGAGUAUGUCCCCAUGUCCUCCCCUGGGAAGAUACUACACCUGGGUUUGGAAAAUGCAACAGAUGGAGAAGCUAAUGGAGAAUCUAAGAGUGACUUAAAAUCUUCCACUAGUGUUCUUGAUCAACAAAUUAGGGCAACAAGGCCAACCAAGCUUACGCUGUCUAUGAGGGGGAGCAAUACCAUACCGAGGAUGUUUGAUCAUUCUAAUUCAACUGAGCCCACUAGUCCUGGUGAAUACAUCAACAUUGACUUCAGUGAUAAAGCAAGUAGUACUCCUUAUUCCUUAUCUGCCGAAGGCUCACCGUCUUCAUUGGGCUCAAGCUGUGACCAUAGACAAUCCCCACUUUCUGAUUACAUGAGUGUAGAUAUUGAUGUACAGUCCCCUAAAGCCACAGCUGAGCUGUCAAACUCUCUCACAGACAUUUCAUCCUAUUCUUGUGCUGGCAUUUCUAGAACUCAGCCCAGCGCAGACUUUGCCAAGCAUCUAUGUGGUACUGCUUGUGUCAGUACCUCCAAUAAAAGGAAUGAUGACUACACAACAAUGACUUUUAAUAUGGCAAUGACUCCUCCAAGGCCCUUCCCUAGUGAAGCAGAGAAUGGCACGCAACUGGACAGUCCCUCUUCUAUAGUCAAUCGGUUAUGCAUUGGCGAUAUGACCUCUUAUAACAGUGGUUUCCCUUCGGUUCUUCACCCUGUUUCUGAGCCUGUAGUUGGUCCCAAGGUUAUCCGUGCAGAUGCCCAAGGGCGGCGGAGGCAUAGCUCAGAGACUUUCUCCUCUGCCAGCACAAUUACUACUACUUCCUCCUGCUUUACUGAAAGUGGCAAAAGGCAUAGUUCUGCCUCUUUUGACAAUGUUUGGCUGAAGCCUGAUGAAGGCAAUUGUGAUCAAGAGAAGAAAAUGUCCAGGCACUGCUCCACAGGUUUUCAGCAUGGCUUAAAUUACAUCGCUCUCAGUAUGCACGAUGGUGUCUGCGAGACGGCAUCACCAGCCUGCAGCCAGCACCAGAAUGGCAGCAGAAAUCUGGAAAGUGGGGCUUAUGUGAGCAUCGAUUUCUCUAGAUCAGACUGUCUGAAGUGUCCUGCAUUCAGAAAAGACUGAGUGCAUUACCAUGGAAACCCUGGUGAAGAUUGUCACUCCAGCCUUUCUGCUGUAAAACCAGGCUAAGGUGACUAGAAGACACGAUACAGAUAUAGAACACGUGAAGCCGUGUUGGAUUUCAAAUGGACAUGUACCUGCUUUUCCCACACAGAUUAAAUGUACAGCCAUUUAAAGCUCGUAUUAAUGUGUUGGCAAAAGAAAGAUUUUUUUUUUCUUUUAUUUUUUUUAGUAGACUUAUUUUUGUGAGGGGGUGGGGGCAGAGUUCUCAAGGCAUGUUUUACAUAUUUGCUAAUGAGAUAUUGCUGUGAUCCUAAAGUGGCUCUGUCUUGUAAAAUGGUUCAGAACUGACUUCCAUGUUGCACUUUUGGUACCAUUUUACAUCCCAGAUCUGCUCUGUACGUAUUUAAGCUAUGUGCUGCUUUAGCACUUGGGAGAAUUUAAACCUGUACUAUAAGAAAAUACCCUUAAAGGGGUGUAAGUUGCGUAAAAUCAGUUUGCUUGUUGAUUGAUACAAGAUCUAAUUUUCUGGUACAAAGUAAACUAUGAUAUGUAAAAAAAAAAAAAAAAAAAAAAAAAAAAGAGAUAUUUUGAAAGUUAAUUUUUUUUUUUUUUAAGUCAAAGUCUAUGUAUUUUACUUGAUCUAUAUUAUGGAAAGAUGCCUUCUUCAUUGAACAAAUAUACGUUUGACUGGUACAUGAAGUUCCCCACCUUUGCAUUUCUCACUUUAUACACCAUUGUUCUUCUUGUAAGUGGCAAUAUUAGUUUUAUUUAGCAUUAAGCAAAAGGUACAGUAUUAUUAUUUUUAUUAAGAUAUUCUCUGGCAUGUGCAAGGUAAAACAGACUAGAAGGUAUUUCCUCCAUUAAUUUCAAAUAUUUAUUUUUUGUUACAUUUGUGUUUCUCCCUUUCUGAAAGAUUAGAGCAAAAACCUAAACUGUAGGUGUGACGGAGCAGCCAGUGAAUGAACCGACAAUACACCAGAGGAUACUGGGUUACUUCUAGAGUUUGACAUGAGUCUAUCAUUGCAUGAUUUUGGUGAUUAGUAAACUUAGAGUUAGCAUCUUCCCAAAGUCUUUCUUUUUGGAACCAUAUUUCAUCACUGUGAAUACUGUAUUUUAAAGCACAAACCUGCCCUUUACUCUUUUUAUGCCUCUUUUUAGACCAGGAAUAAAGCAUGUAAUAAAUGUGGUAUCCCUAAUUUGUGAGUUGAGGCCUGGUUCACAUUAAUGUAAUACAGGCACAUAUUUGCAUCUGAAUUACAGCUACAAGUCAUGGCCCAACCACAGUUCUACUGACCUGAACUGACAGCUUUCAUUUUGGGUCAGUAGACCCAAUAGUCUGGCCAGGACUUGUGCCCCUAGUAAAGGUGCAAAAAUGUGUCUGUACUACAAUAAUGUGAACCCAACUUUAAACUGAAUAUGAAAGUGGGGAGGACAGUGAAGCUUACCCAAAGAUGACUGCACACUUUUAGGAUCCAGUAAGGGACUGUUGGCUGAAGUCUGACCCUGGAAUCCUCAUUGGUGUAAAUAUCAUUUGUGGUUCAGAAUCUACUCUAGAAAACCACUUCUCUGACAAUUAAUAGUUUUGGAAUCUUUAACCUGUUAAAGCUUGCCAUGUAUAAAGCUACUAAAUUAUAUUUGGGCCACUUUAUUCUUAAUGGGCCUCUAAUAAAAGUAUUUCCCUCCUAGAAAAUGAAAACUUUUCUAAUGUAUUAAAAUUCUCACUAAGUCAGAAGAUCUGUAAUGCCACACAACACUGGUUUUAUAUGACUGAUGCCAUAGACCUGUUUUUGUUGUUUUUCUAUUUUAUUAUAUUUUUGUGAUCUUGCGGCUGCCAGUUUAGAUCUUAUAAUCGAUGACCUCAACCUUAGUUAGUUCACUGUCAGUUACACAGGUACAGCAUAAAAUAUGCAAUCUCUUAGUUUACAAACAAAACUAAUUUAUUCAGUAUUGUGCUGGAAUAAUAUAAAGCAUAUCACUAGAUAAUAUCUUCCAGCUGUCAGUUUAUGCUGCUGUAUAGUUUAAAAUUUACCAAUGAUGGGAGAAUUGUGUGUCCUGUAAAUUUAAUUUCAUAUUGGAAAGUUAUUUUGUCUGUACACAUUAAUAAAACUUGGUUGGUACUGUU